UUCGCGUCUUUCAGCACCAGCGGCACCUCCCCUGAUUUCAUUCUCCUCCUCGUUCACUCACUGACAAUGAAGGCCGUCAUUGCCCUCGCCCUCAGCUUCGCUCUGUGCGCAGAGGCGUACGUCCUCCCUGCUCAGAGGCCCACCAGCCUCAGGCGUCAGGGCGCCACCAGCCUCAGGAUGAUGGCCGAGGAUGGAGAGGUCAGAAACCAGAAGUGUCGACUUGCUGCGCCGAAGGUAGAUCUGCGGAUCUGUCUUGCACAUUGUCACCAGGUGUCCCGCCGCAACGCGCUGAUGUCGAUAGCGUCCCUUCCCCUGGCUGCCGCCCUCUUCGCCACACCUUUCGCGGCAGAGGCCGUCCGGGACUACGAUGGCGUCGGCUACCUAGGUGGGCACACAUCAACGAACGACUGACACUUACAGAGGCCCUGUGAUGACGACCUAUGCUUGCGCGUCUGUGCAUGUUUGCCAUAUGCAGGCGGCGCUGAGAAGAUUGAUCUGAACAACGCCAAUGUGCGUGUGUACCAGAGGUUGCCGGGCAUGUACCCCACCCUGGGCGCCAAGCUGGCCAAGAACGGCCCCUACCAGAACGUCAAGGACGUCUACAGCAUCAAGGGACUCUCAGGUCAGUCAGCAGCUGGGUUGGUCAAGCACCAGGUCUCAUCUCACAAAGGAGGAGGCUGUCACCUCACCGGCUGUUUGUGUGCUGUCUGUCUGCGUGUGGUGUGUGCGCAUGGCAUGAUGCAGAGCGGGAGAAGGAGCUUUUGAAGAAGUACGAGAGCGACUUCGUGGUGCUCCAGCCCCGCGAGGAGUACACUGUGGACAAAUUCAACAACGGUCUCUACCGAUAGACAGACAGACAAGAGGGGCAGCACAGCACGUGGUGCAUGUCUGCGUGUGCCGUGCCAUGCCAUGCCGCGACGCCACACCACCCUCCCUCCCCGCCCACCCGUUUCCCACACCACCACCAUGCUGCUAUGCUGCUGCGUUUGAUUUUUCUUCCUUUGACUGCGGGCCGGUUGGGUGAGUGAGAGAGGGAUCGAAGGACAGACAGAGGGGGGGGGACGCAUAGGCCUGCAAAUGAAGGAAGAGUUGCUCACUGACCGACCGACCGACCGACAUACACACAGUCCCGGACUGAUUUGAUCGAUUGCUUCUGGCAUGAGUGCAAUAAUAUCGCUGGCUGGCUUGUGUUUCUCCGUGUUUCAUGUACCAUGUGGAGUGAGUGGAGUGGAGGAGUGG